AGAGAGAGAGAGAGAGAGAGAGAGAGAACACAGAAGCUCGAAUCUUUCAUCCAUUGAUGGAAUGAUGGAGAGACGGAGCGACGAGUCUUUCUCUCGGAAGAGGAGUUUUACGUUCGGAGCAUAUGGAGGGAUCGACAGGUUCAUCAGUGACAGUGAGAGCAGUCGAGUCGAGUCUCUCAGCCACAGCAUUCUGGAUAUUUUAGACUCUCCAUCUCACGAAACUAAACCCUUCAUCCCAUCGAACCCCAACCAGAAGGUGACGGAGCUGUUCGAGAUUAUUGAAAAACUGCAGGGCAGCAGAUUAGAUGAACAGCGCUGUGAGUUUCCUCCACCUCUUAAAUCGCGGCUGUUGAAGAUAGGAGAUGGACUGCCCCUCAUUCUGCCCCCUAAAUCUGGAGGGUACUGGAUCGACCCUCCCUUGGACAGACAUGUUGAGACGAGUCCCACUUCCUCGAGUCCCUCGCUUGGCCUCGAGACCUACGACAUCAUGGAGAGAGACAAUGAGGCCAAAAUCUACCAGGAGUUUUUCAGACACAGGUACCAUCACUCGUUCACGGCAGUCGAUCCCUCACUCGGGCCACUCAUUCUCUCCGUCUGUCUGGAGGAGGAGGAGAACCGACUGAGGGUCAUUCUCAGGAUGAACGAGUGCUCUCUGCACGCGACCUUCUCGGUCUUUCUCUUCCAGAACUUUCCUACAGCAGUAGAGCUCGCUAAGAUGCUGUGUGCUGGUGUGAGUGUGUCCAGUUUCCAGGUGGUCAGCUACCUGAAGGCUCCGGAACUGAUAACAGCAUUUGACGAACACAGAGUGUCUCAAAACUUCAAAUUUGGGGUUUUAUAUCAGAAGGAAGGACAAUUAACAGAGGAGGACAUUCUCAGUAAUAAUGAGGAGAGUGAGGAGUUUAAACACUUCCUGUCUAUUCUGGGACAAACUGUUAAACUGCGAGGAUUCACCGGCUUCAGAGGGGGGCUUGAUGUGUCACAUGGCCAAACAGGAAGUGAGGCGGUGUUUACUUCCUUUCACGGUCGAGAGAUCAUGUUCCACGUGUCAACUAAACUGCCCUUUACGGACGGAGAUACACAGCAGCUCCAGAGGAAGCGACACAUCGGAAACGACAUCGUGGCCGUGGUGUAUCAGGAAGGCAGAACUCCGUUUCUCUGUGAUGUCAUCAGCUCACACUUCCUGCACUGCUUCAUCGCUGUGAGGAGGGUCAAACGAGAAAACGGGGCAGACGGAGGGGACGGGGGGGCGUUUCAGGUGUCCAUCACAGCCAGGGAGGAUGUGCCCCCGUUCGGCCCGCCACUUCCAAACCCUCCCAUAUUUACAGAGGGUUCCGUGUUCCGGGAGUUUCUCCUGACUAAACUGAUCAAUGCAGAGAUUUCGUGUUACCGAGCCGAGCGCUUCAGUAAACUGGAGCUGCGCACUCGCUCUUCUCUGCUGGAGGCGCUGAGAUCAGAGCUGUCCUCACGCUCCCAGUGCAUGAUGGGAAACUCAGCACUGCCCACCAGCACAGUGGCCCCGCCUCCAGAGGGGGGAGGAGGAUUCAUUGAAAACUUUAAAAGAGCUAUAAGAGUGCGCAGUCACUCUUUUGACACAUUAGGAGUUGUGAAGAAGACAGGAGGUCAGAAACAACGGGUAAAAUCACACACACACACACACACACACACACACACACACACACACACACACGUAGAACACUCAGGGUUGCCAGGUCAGUCUAUUUCCUUUUUUUAAUAUCUGAGGUGAGAGUGAGUCUGCAGGUUGUGUGUGGAUUCAUUCAUUAUUUUAUUCAAGAAAAAUAAAUGAUUUACACCUAAAUUCAACACCACGUCUGACAACACAUACACCACCAGGUCCAACACCACAUCCAACACCACAUCCAACACCCCAUACACCACCACAUCCAACACCACAUACACCACCAGGUCCAACACCACAUCCAACACCCCAUACACCACCACAUCCAACACCACAUACACCACCACAUACACCACCAGGUCCAACACC